GGAGAAGUGGAUUACGGGAGCUGGCCUGUGAAGGAGCUGAAGCGGGUGCUGCAGGAGCGCGGCGUGGAUCCAAGCGGGUUCGUAGAGAAGGGGGACCUCGUAGCCAAAGUCCGGGAGGUCCUAGCUGGCGCCGGAGGGACAACAGCAGGCGGCAGCAGCGGCGGUGCUGCUGCGGAUGGGGCCGGUGAUGGGGCGUUCAUGGCGCCGCCGGGCUACGUGUUUGACCCGAGCAGCGGCUACUUUUACUCGGAGGAGGCCGGCAUGUACUAUGACACGAAGACGGGGGGCUACUGCCAAGCCGCGACUGGUAAGUGGUUUUACCUGGACGCAGGCAGCGGGAGCUUCGUGGAAUGGAAGCAGUAGUAGCAGCGGUACGGCAACAGCAACAGCGACUGUAGCGCAGCGGGGAGUCUUACUAGUGGUACGGAGCUAGCAUGGUUUGCCGUGAGGAUAGGGUAGCAGUGACGGCGCAGUGUGUGCAACGAUGCUGUUAAGGCUGAUGUGGAGGAGAUGGUGUACAGCAGGCAGGGCAGGGUUGGGAGGCAGGUUGGGGUAGUGCGGAUGUGGCCGAGUCGGACUCACGGGGGCGUAGACUAGGCAUGUAUCCGCAUGAGCUGUCGAUGGGAGUUGGAGCAGGAGUUAUGCAUGGGUGUGUGUGUGGAAAACAAACACCAUGCUCCUGCGGCUGCGAAUGAGGGAGCGUCGGGACCUCAGGGUGUGCGAGCAGCUCACCCGCUGGGCUACGUGUUGGGGGAGCAGCUGCAUGGUAACCUACCGGUACCUGUUUGCAAUUUACAAUCAUUAGGUCCGCCGCUGUGGCUGCGACUAGUGGCUGUGUGGCUCAGCCUGCGGUCCGCAGUACGUGUGGUCCGAACGUAGCCAUAACGAGAGUCGUGCGGGCACAGAGUGCGGGUAGUAGAGACAAGUGCCACCUGCUUACCCGUCGCCCUGAGAGCGAAGCCCAAGAGACAAUACAGUUACAGGCAGCCUAUCGCGUCCGAAAUCCCUG